GUGAGUGUGUGUGUCUGUCUCGGGUCUUUGAGUUGUUACCAGUGUUUUAUUGACAUAGAUGACAGUCUUCGGCUGUGUUGGGGACACAUUCUCACUGAAUAUAAUAUCCGUAACGUGGAUUCCUGUUUUGAGAGAUUGGACAGAAUAUUCAACACAGAGCAAAAAGUAAUCGAUGCAGGAAAAGUAGGGAGAGGCUACGACUCGAAGCUGAAGGAGAUUUUGCUUUCAGAGAUCAUGCCCAUGGUUCUGGAGUUUGACCAGAAGACUAAUCACGACACUGUGUAUGAAGUCCGGUUACAGGCGGCUGCCGACAAAUUCAUCACCGCUGCCUCCAAACUGCCCAGAGCCUCCGGGUGUUUUCCCCCCUGUGGGUUCCAGGACUCCGGCGCCUCAUACAACUGCAUCACAUGUCGGUACGACUCCUGUGAGUUUCCCCUCGACUGUCCGGUAAAGGAAAUCAAAGUAGGAGAAAAUAACAGAACCUCUAUGAGUUGCGACGUCCCUUUCCCAUUGCCUGGCAACGUGGAGGUAGUGUGGAGAUACGCUGAGACGAAGACUGUACUAAUGGACCAGUUUGAGGAGGUGACGGUUGGUGUGGACCAAUUAUAUUCCAUCCCCUCUGCCCGACUAGAGCACAGAGGCACGUACCAGUGUGAGAUCUUCUCUCAGGAGCGCUCACUGGUCCGGAUCUACUACCACCUCACGGUCAUUCCACAGGUUGUAAUUGGCCACGCUGAAUUGCAGGAUGUUUUUGAGCAAGCUCUGCUCCCCGGGGGUCAGUUUCCUCUCUUGCCCUCUGACCAUCAGCACAACCUCCUACGCCUCCCCUCUCCGGCCCUCCUCGCAGCCUGUCUGACUGCACUGCUGCUGCUGCUCUUCCUCUCUCUUGGGGUGCUCUACUGGCUGUCUUUUCAAAGAGAUGAUAGUCAUUCUAAUCAAGCUCAAGAGACUACGAACCAGCGCAGGGAGAAAUAUGUUUUCAGCUGUUCAUCUGUCUAA